UGGAAGUAGGAGUUUACUCUGUGCAUGGUGAGCACAAUGCUGUAUUUCUGAGUUAAGUUUUUACUUGUGGGAGAACAGUUAAGAUGGAUGCUUCUCCUGAAACACAACUUAACAAGCAGUCAACAUGUAGCUACAAGAGUUUUGGUUCAUCUGAGUUGGCUGAUGGUUCAUCAACAAAUGACUUGAAGAAACAUGAUCCUAUCCAGAUGGAAGAGAUUUCCUGUGGUAGCCCAAAUUUGUUUGAUCAAAGUUUGUCCAAACUCAAAGAGAAGAAUGAGGACUGCUGCAAUCAGGGACUGCCUGUACAAGCAUACGCUGUAUUAAUCAUCUUUGCAGUUGGUGUAACCAUUGCUUUGUUCCUGCAAAUUAACUUGGAUGCAAGUCUGGUCGGCAUAAAAGCUGUGCAGUCAGAUCAUGAGCUCUGCACAGCACUUGCUCAAAGAGUACUUCUUGAUGGUGGAUCCAGUGUGGACGCAGCAGUUGCUGGCGCCCUUUGCCUGGGAGUUGUGCAUCCACACGUGUCAGGGGUCGGUGGCGGAGGGGUGAUGUUGAUUCAUGACAUCCAGAGGAAUGAAACCAAGGUGAUAAAUUUUCAGGGAUCUGCACCAAGAAAAAUUCAAGAGGAGAUGCUUCAAAAUGCUUCAGAGGUUAAGGCAGGUCUACUUGUGGGUGUACCAGGUAUGCUUAUGGGGUUGCACCAUGCUCACAGUCUGUAUGGAAGUCUGUCAUGGGCGGAUGUUGUCAGCAGAGCUGCAGAUGUAGCCAGACGAGGGUUCAACAUGUCACAGAGUCUUGCUGAUGCAGUAUCAAAGGUAGAAGACGAGCAGCUACUGGGACGCUUCAGGGACCUGUUUAACCUAGGUGGGCGGGAUCUGAGUCCUGGUUCUUAUGUAAGAAUGCCUGAGCUGGCCCAAGUCCUGGAGGCUGGUCUUUUAAAUUUCUAUCAUGGGACUUUAUCACAAGAAAUGGAGGAUGAGGUUCGAGCAAACGGCGGCAUCCUCAGCAGAGAGGACAUCAGUAACUACAGCGUAGAGGUGCAAAAACCACUUGAAGGCCACUACAAUGAGGUUAUAAUUCAAGUUCCUCCUCCUCCAUCUGCUGGUGCAGCAUUGAUCGCAGCUCUCAAUCUGUUAGAGAGCUUCUUUCUCAGAAAAAAAAGUGUCACAGAAAAUCAGACAAGCAGCUGGAUUGAUGAGGCUCUGACAGCAGCUUUAGCAAUGACCAGUGGACUGGGUGACCCUAAAUACAGCUCUAUAGUGACCGAGUUUCUUUCCGUCAUGCUACGGAAGAAUCAGACUGAAGUGCUGCACCAGAGGAUGAAUUCCUCUGAAACAUCUUCAUCUGGCUACAACUCCACUAUCCACUCCCUCCCAACAGAGCUGCUGACUGGACAAGUUGUAGUCAUGGGACCAGAUAACCUCAUGGUGUCUGUUGCAAGUUCUUUGAGCAGGCCAUUUGGGAGCCGGAUCAUAACUAAGUCGGGCAUCGUUCUCAACAGCCUCAUUCUUGACUUCAUCUGGCCAAAUAAAACCAAAGGGCAACCUCAGACCCACCAGACGAAUGGAGUUGAGCCUGGGAAGAGGCCCCUGACCUUUCUCAUGCCCUCAGUGAUGCUGCCGGCUUGGAGCAAAUGUGGGACCUACAUGGCACUGAGCAGCUCUGGUGGACAAAUCCAUUUGCAUCCCAUCACCCAGAUGCUAGUCCGUGUGCUAUUCCUCCAUAAAGAGAAGAACGAGAGCCUCUCUCUGGGAGGACUCCAUCCCAAACUUGGGCCAAACAGCCUUGAUGACUCUGAGUUUCCUGUGGAGAGUGUGGAGGUUUAGCAAGCAAAUGGCCAGACUUCAUGGACUGAAGAUGAUCUCUGGUCAGGUUAAACCAGAAGAAUAAUGAUACCAUAAAUAAAUAAAGUACUCGUGUUUUUUGUUGUUUUGCCUUAAUGUUUUCACACACAAAAAUCUUGUGUGGUCUCAGUUUAAGAAAUAACUUCUUUGAGUAUUUUCCCUGUAAAAAAUAAAUAAAAUGAGUACUAAUAAUGAAGCACUGCCACUAUAUGUUGAAGAAAUGAGGGCUGUUAUGUAAAACUGAUCCUCAGUCAAGAUACUGUCACACAUACAUGUGGACUGCGUCACGUGGGAGCAGCCGGUGUGUGUGGACAACGUGUCACUCAGCGCUGCACGCCAGGCUUUAGUUUCUGUAAACUCGGCUCACUGGCUGUGAUUAAUGUUCAAUAAUGAGACAUGGUCGCCUCCCUUGUGGUUUUUAAAGUAGAGAAAUGGUCCACAGUGUUUUCAUCAAAACAUGGGUGGAGUUUCUCAUCUUAGAGCUGAAAAUAACAACACUGCAGUUUAGAUAGAAAUAAGUCUUACACACAUCAAUGCAGGUAAGCAAAUGAAGGAAAAUGCUAAUCGAGGACUCUGUUAUCUGAGGUUGGGAAUUCUGGUCCUUCAGGGCCGCAGUCCUGCCGAUUUUAGAUGUUUUCCUGCUCCAACAAACCUGAUUCAAUUCAAAGGGGUCCAACUGCUUAUCCAGUUCUACACAGUGACUCAUUCAUUUGAAGCAGGGAAACAUCUUAAACUUGCAGGACGGUGGCCCUCGAGGACCAAGGUUCCCCACCACUGAUGAGUUCAGCACAAUUAGUUUUUUUUUAAACAAACUUGUUCAGUUCUUGGUCACAAACACAGUCUGACUAGUUUAAUAACACAAACCGCUCUACUUUUCAUGUCUUUAGUAGCAGCAGCCUCCAUCACGCCUUAUCUGUUGCUGACUGGACUUCCACAAACCCCUCCCACCCAGUUCCAGUAUAAUCUGGGACUUCUUGAUUGGAG